AUGUUAAGAUUCAACUUUUUAGUCAUCUGCAGUGUUUUGUUUUAUAACAAUGCUUUAGCAGACACUGAAAAUAUCGAGAAUGAUAUAAAUGGUAGAUCUAUUGGGGACAUUAAAUAUUUUUAUGACACUUAUAGAGAGUGUAGUGCAUCACACUUAACCACAUGUUUAAAAGAAAAGGUUUUGCUCAUAAUGGAUCGUGUUAGCAGAUCUGCACUAGAUAUCAAGUUAAUUGAUGGUGUAGUAUUUGUGUCAGACGACCAAGCAAAAUUUGAUGAGCCAAGCAUAAAAACUAAAGAGGAGUUAGAACAAAUAUUACCACGUGCCUUGGAUGAAAAAGAUAGAGCGUUGAACAACAUGAUUUUUGACAAAAUUGUUUCCUUUUUCCAACGACACACCCUGCAGGUUAAAUUCCCGUCUAUUGAUGAAAUGGAUCGGUCAAUGGAAGCAAGAGCAGGAGGAAGUGGUGGAGGUUUUGGCGGAAACAAAGGUGGUUUUGGAGGAAACAAAGGUGGCAAGGAUAAAAAGAAUGGUCAUUGGAUUAUGAUUCCUUUGUUAUUAGGAAGUACUUUAGUGCCUUUGGCAUUUGGAGCUUUAGCCCUUUUAGCUGGAAAAGCAUUAAUCGUAUCUAAAUUAGCAUUGGCUUUAGCUUCAAUUAUAGGUAUAAAAAAACUAAUUUCUGGUAGUAACCAUCAUCACGAAGCUGCACAUGAGGUAGUUGUAUCGGGUGGCCAUGGCUCUGGAUGGGGUCGAAUUGGAAAUUAUAAUGGACAGAAUUUAGCUUAUAAUGGAUAUACACCAUGA